AUGUACUGGCAGGAGGAGGACUCAGUGACCUGUGAGGAUGUGGCUGUGAACUUCACCCUGGAGGAUUGGGCUCUACUGAAUCCUACACAGAAGAAACUCUACAGAGAUAUGAUGCAGGAAACCUUUAGGAACUGGGUCUGCAUUUUAGGAACAAAAUGGGAUGAUGAUGACAUUGAAGAGCAGUACAAAAACCAGGGGGGAAAACCAAGAAAUCAUAUGGUAGUGAGAUUCUCUGAGCGUAAAGACCAUAGUCCAUGUGGAGGAAACUUCAGCCUUAUUCCACCUCUCAAUCAGAACAAGAAAACUCCUGGAUUAAAACCAUGUGAAUGCAGUGUAUGUGGAAAAGUCUUCAUGCAUCAUUCAUCUCUUAAUAGGCACAUGAAAUGUCACAUUGAACACAGACCUCAAGAUUUUAAAAAAUAUGAUCAGGGACUGUAUAAUACAUAUAAAUGUAAGGAAUGUGGGAAAGUUUACAAAUAUUACAGUUCCUUUCAGAGGCACAAAAGAACUCACACUGGAGAGAAACUGUAUGAAUUCCAGCAAUGUGGAAAAAGUUUCAGUAAUCAUCAAGGUUUCCAAACACAUGAAAGAAUUCACUCUGGAGAGAAGCCCUAUGAAUGUAAGCAAUGGGGUAAAGGUUUACGUUCUCAAAAAGGUUUCCAAAAACAUGAAAGAGAUCACACUGGAGAAAAAACCUGUGAAUGUAAGGAAUGUGAGGAAGCAUUCAUUAACCCCAGUUCUCUUCAAAUACAUGAAAGGAGUCACAGUGGAGAGAAACCACAUGUGUGUAAAACAUGUUGUAAAUCAUUUAGUAUUCCCAGAUCCCUUCGAGAACAUGAAAGAACCCAUACUGGAGAAAAACCCUAUGAAUGUAAAGUAUGUGGGAAAUCCUUCGCUUCCACUUAUGUUCAAGUGCAUGAAAGAGCUCACACUGGACAGAAACCCUAUCAAUGUCAGGAGUGUGGGAAAGCCUUCGUUUGUCCCUCAGGCAUUCGAAGGCACAUGAGACUGCACACUGGAGAGAAACCAUAUAAAUGUGAAGAAUGUGGGAAAGCAUUCAAUAAUCCCAGUUCUCUUCACAUACACAAAAGGACUCACACUAGAGAGAAACCGUAUAUGUGUAAAACAUGUUCUAAAGCAUUUAGUAUUCCCAGAUAUCUUCGAAAACAUGAGAAAACCCAUACUGGAGAAAAACCCUAUGAAUGUAAAAUAUGUGGGAAAACCUUCAGUUCCACCUAUGUUCAAGUGCAUGAAAGAAUUCACACUGGGGAGAGACCCUAUAAAUGUAAGGAAUGUGGGAAAGCCUACAUUUCUCUCUCAGGCAUUCAAAGACACAUGAGCCUGCACACUGGAGAGAAACCGUAUAAAUGUGUAGAAUGUGGGAAAGCAUUUAUUAUUCCCAGUUUUCUUCAAACACAUGAAAGGACUCACACUGGCGAGAAACCGUGUGUGUGUAAAAUAUGUUCUAAAGCAUUUCGUUUUUCCAGUUCUCUUCAAAAACAUGAAAGAACUCAUACAGAAAAACCCUAUGACUGUAAAAUAUGUGGGAAAACUUUUGCUUCCACUUAUGUUCAAGUGCAUGAAAGAACUCACCCUGGAGAGAAGCCUUAUGAACAGGAAUGUGGGAAAGCCUACAUUUCUGUCUUAGGCAUUCAGAGACACAUGCAUACUGCAGAGAAACCAUGUAAAUAUGAAGAAUGUGGGAAAACCUUUUCUGAUCUCUCUACUUUGCAAAGCAUGAAAGGGUUCACUAGAUAA